UAAUUGAACUAAUUUUUAUCUGUUUAAUUGUUCUCAAUUACUAUGAUUAAAUUGCGAUUUUGCAAUGUCCUCACUGUUACGUAAGACCUUUCAGAAAAAACAUUGUCUUUCGCCACUGUUGGACAAUUUUUAUUUAAAACAUUAGGCUGAUUAGUUUUAUCUGGGAUGCAAUGAACGCGAUUAAAAUAUUCGGGUUUGCAUCCCAAGUUAUGAGUUGCGCCAAGCAAAAUUGCGCGCGCAAAGAGCCGGGCUCCACAAAAAGCCGGGCCAGCAACAUUUUUAUCCAUAAAUUUUCGUACUUCCGUGUUGAACGUUAUGGCUUCUGAUGAAACUAUGAGUGACGGCGUCCAGUUUUUUGAGGGUGUGGAAAAACUGCUAGAAAUCUGGUUUACAACGUCUGAUUGUAAUGGAAAAGCAUCAGAUUUGCGCAAAAUUCCCAGAUCGAAGCUGGAGUCUCUUCUUAAGAUAGUUCGGUGCGAAAUCAUUAGUUUUGUGAAAAACGAACAGAUUGACGCCUAUGUUCUAAGUGAAAGCUCCAUGUUUGUCUCGAAAAGCAGAUUUAUUCUUAAGACUUGUGGAACCACAACACCGCUGCUCUGUCUGCAACCACUUUUACUGCUCGCUGAACAAUACGCAGGAUUUACUGAAGUCGAAGAUCUGUUUUAUUCAAGAAAAAGCUAUAAGAGGCCUGAUUUGCAAGUUUCCCCGCAUCAACAUUUUGAUCAAGAAGUUGCUCUUCUAGAUUCCCUUUUUCCUGAUGGAGUUGCAUACUGUCUGGGAGCGGUUAACAGGGAUUGUUGGUAUUUAUACACUUUAAAUCCCUUGCCUCAACGACACCCCCAAAUUCCUGGACUAUCUACCACUGAUGCUGACCAAACUCUUGAAAUAUUGAUGACUGACUUAGAUCCGGAUGUUAUGGCUAUUUUUACAAAAGUGGAAUGCCUUAACGGCACGGAAGCAACAAAAAAAGCCGGAAUCGACAAGAUAAUACCAAAUAUGACUAUAGAUGACUUCCUGUUUGAGCCCUGUGGCUACUCAAUGAACGGAGUAUCGAAGAAUGGCUAUUACAUGACAAUUCAUAUCACCCCUGAGCCAGACUUCUCUUAUGUGAGUUUUGAGACAAAUGUUCCGGUAAGCAGCUACAAAGAAAUAAUCGGCAGGGUCCUGGAUACGUUUUUGCCGGGGAAGUUCACAGUGACUGUAUUCAAUAACCAAUUGUCUCCAACCAAAGACACAUCCAAAGAACUUCUUUGUUUGAACCAAUUUGGCAACAGAUGGGAUCGCCGCGACAUACAACAAAUCAGCUUUAAAAAUUACGAUCUGAUGUACGCGUUUUACACCAAAUUCCCCAGCUGAGGGUGUCGGGCAAAGUUGCGCCCUGGCGCAACUCAACCUCUUCAUUCUCCAUACUCCAUCUCCACCUCAUCACUAUCUCACAUAUCAACUACAUCGCGCAAAUUCAAACAGUUCAACAAAUCUAUUGCUAGCAUUUACGCAGAACUGACAAAGCUGGGAGCUAAUAUUGCAUCCGACAAAUCUUUAGUGGCAUUUUAUCAAGCAAUCUUGAAAAGUCUACGCAAAAAGAAAGUGAAAUUUACUCCCAAAGAUUUCUUUUGCGAUUGUACUAAGGAUGAGACUCCCACAAUGCGUCGUUUUCGUGAAGCUUUUGAUCCAUUUUCAUUUUUCUUCAUUUACUUCACGUUAUUUUCACCCGUCUUUACAUUCACGGAUUUUGAGUCACCUUUGGUCAUGUUCUCCUGGUGGCGUAACAAGAUAUCGUGAGAGUUACCAUUAGAACCGCUUAAGUAGAGUGACGUAGUGGCCUUGUUUUCCUUUAACCUAUGAGGGUUGGGUUGACAUACAGAUGUAUGUACAUAUACCUAUCUUUAGUAUAUUGUACCAUACACACACUAUGUUCCCCUUACUUAUGCGGGGAGUUUGAACUUCCCUUUUUUAUUUUUUACGUAUUUCCAACUUCAACAUGCAAACACUGUUUAGAGUGUUCGCGCAUGCCAGUGACUAAACAUAUUCGUGUAAAAAUCAUAUACUAUGCCGAUGAACUGUUUUUAGAACAAUUUUAACGCCUAGGAAGUGAAGCUAUUAAGAAUGCUCAUUUAAUGCAGCUAACACAUUAACUACUAUUAGGUUCCUGCAGUAUAUGAUUUUUAUGUGUCUAUGUCGAUUUCUCAAUAAUAUUUUUGGGGCCUUUAGCAAAAGAAUUAAAUAUAAUGUGUACAAAAAAUUAGGUGCACAAUAUAAUACGGUAUGUUUUGUUUAGAAUUCUACCACCAGGGUUGGCAAAGGUCCAUAUAUUAUUAUUGUAAACUAUUAUAGAGUAGAUAAUCACUAUUUUGGAGAGCUAAUAUACAUUAGAUACAAAUAAAUCGUCUAUAUUGUUAAUGGUGUUAAGAGUAGCAAGUCAACGGCAUUUUUUAGUUGCUUGGUUGCUUAGACUACAGGGUGCUAGAUAUAGGUGCAUUGCUGGGUCAAUACCUACACCACAAUAUAUCAAGGCCUUAUCGGAUGUAGUGCUUUUACUUCUCAAAAGCAAAGUUUUCUCAGAACCUAGUUGUCUCUAAAGCUUCAGUGUCCUGUGCGUUAAAACACUGGUAUUAUUUUACAUACUUACUUUGUCAUUGGUUUUUAAUUGAAUAUCAAAAUUGGGAUUUUAAUUUUGUUUUAAUAUGUAUGUACGUGACAUAUCUCAAUUAGUUAAGGCUUCCGUAACACAAAGCAAUAUAAACUCCUAUGUGCCAAACUUAGUACCUACUAGCAACUAUUCGCAACUAUUUUCGUUAGGUGUGUGAAAUUUGUUCCAGUGCUUCUGCACGGUAAGCAAAAGCACAGGUACAAGUUGGCGCAAAUCUGGCAAUUUGGCAAACUUAAUUUUUAAUAAUUGUAAUUUUAUUGCUUGAUGCUGAUUGCUCUUUAUAUGGUAGUUAUUACGUUUGGGAAUUUAUAUUUAGCCCAAGUUCUUGAUUAUAUAGUCAAGUAGAUUUAGUUUACGUAUAUUGUUAACUUGUGCAGCACAAGACUAAGUAAACUUAAAUUAAAAAACAA